AUGCCUUCAGUGAUUCACAUGUUCGAAGGGCGCGGCAGGUCUUUAGAUGCGUCCCGUGCUUUCUCUAGCUGCAUCCACACCACAGCGGUUCUGAAGCCCACUUCCACCCACCACCCCAGGCAUCCUGCAAGCACUGUCUCGCUCCAACGAGACUGCUCAACGCCAGUCAACGUCUCCAGCAAGCUCAGCACAACUACGAUGCCUCGAGCUGCAGCCAACAAGAAGAAGGCUUCGACCCUCGACAAAGCCUAUUCUGGACGGGUAGCGAAGCACCAGCAAAAGGCAAAUGCUCGUCCGACUCGAGCAUCCGCUAAAAUUGCCAGUCUCCAACGGGCCAACGCAGUCCCCUUGCCGACCUUCCACCCUUUCCUUCAACUCCCUCGCGAGAUCCGCGAUAUGGUAUACGAGCACGCACUUCCCGGGUCCAGCCGCCAACCAAUCAAACCAACCAUGGUGCUGGACGACAUCUCCGGCUUGUCUCUUCUGCAAGUCAACAAACAGAUCCACGAAGAGGCGUCGGCAGCGCUCGGACGAACAGCUCCGGUGAACAUGAAGUAUUGCGAAACAACUACGAAUGCGCUCGUCAACGCUGUCCGCGUCAACAUCCAGAUUAUGGACGUGGUGGAAUUCUACGAGAGCGCCACCAGGGGUGAGACCCUACGCUCGGCUCUGGCCGCAUUGAGGCGCCAUGUGCAGAGCUUCGUGUCUGGAUCGGCUAGCAAGAAGUGGGAUGAUAAGACGCGCUGGGCGACGGUCGACUUUAACGACCUGUUUCAUGAAACCAUCUUUGAGAGCAGUGGCCUUAAUAUCGACGACGCGCAGCUGAAGACGGACGCUGAGGACCGGAUGGAGGAGAUUCUGAGGAUGAAGAAGGACACCAUCACUGAGUGGACAGUUGCAGUGGGUCUCUUGGGCAACCUUGUGGAUCAGACUGCGGAACUGCAGAACAGUGUGGCUGCUUUUAAGGCGAAAUGCGAAGGGUACGGCUUCACGUUUGACGUACGCCGAUAG